AUGGUGGAUUACUAUGAAAUUCUGGGUGUGCAGAGACAUGCCUCAGCAGAGUAUAUUAAAAAGGCAUAUUGUAAAUUGGCACUUAAGUGGCACCUGGAUAAAAAUCCUGAAAAUAAAGAGGAAGCAGAAAGGAGAUUCAAACAAGUAGCUGAGGCAUAUGAGGUGUUAUCACAUGCCAAAAAACGGAACAUCUAUGACAAAUAUGGAAAAGAAGGGUUAAAUGGUGGAGGUGGAGGAGGUGGAAGUCAUUUUGAUCCAUUUGAAUAUGGAUUCACAUUCUGGAACCCAGAUGAUGUCUUCAGGGAAUUUUUUGGUGGAAGGGACCCAUUUUCAUUUGACUUCUUUGAAGAUCCAUUUGAGGACUUUUUUGGAAAUCAAAGAGGGACUCGUGGAAACAGAAGCAGAGGUGCAGGACCCUUUUUUUCUGCCUUUGGUAGAUUUCCAGGUUUUGGAAAUGGACUUUCUUCAUUUGAUACAGGAUUUACUUCAUUUGGUUCAGUGGGGCAUGGAGGCCUUACUUCGCUCUCUUCUACCUCAUUUGGUGGUAGUGGGAUGGGUAACUUCAGAUCCAUAUCAACUACAACUAAAAUAGUAAAUGGCAGGAAAAUCACUACAAAGAGAAUUGUUGAGAAUGGUCAAGAAAGAGUAGAAGUUGAAGAAGAUGGCCAGUUAAAGUCCUUAACAAUAAAUGGUAAGGAGCAGCUGCUACACUUGGAUAACAAGUAAUUCAAUGCAUGCAUU